AUGACACUGGCCGAUCUGUUGUGCGGUGAAGCCGCCAAGCGGGCCGCCCAGGAACGGUCGGAAGCUCAAAAGGCACAGGACGCGACGCUCGCUAGCAUUGAGGCCGAGUCGAAAAAGACGUCGGCCGAACCGAAGGAACCCGCUGCCGUCACCCAGAUCGACUUCUCCAAGUACUCGAAAAAGGCCGUCAGUUAUCUGGCGAGAAACUUCUACAACCUCAAGUACGUGGCAGUUGUGCUGGCGUUCGGAAUCAACUUUAUGCUGCUGUUCUACAAGGUAACGACAUUCGGCGACGAUGAGGAAGCUGCCGAGGGAUCUGGCGAGGAUUUGAUGGGACUGGCAUCGGGAAUGGGCUCUGGUCUGGUUAACGCCAUACUGGAAGGCGGUAGUGGCGAAGGAGGUAGCGGAGAAGGUGAAGAGGACGGCGAAGAUCCGCUGGAGAAGGUCGAAGUGGACGAAGACUUUUUCUACAUGGAACACGUGAUGCGUAUUGCCGCCUGCCUGCACAGCUUGGUAUCGCUUUGCAUGCUGAUCGCGUACUCCCACCUCAAGGUUCCGCUGGCCAUCUUCAAGCGUGAAAAGGAAAUUGCUCGACGACUGGAAUUCGACGGGCUGUUCAUUGCUGAGCAACCCGAGGACGACGAUAUCAAAUCCCACUGGGACAAGCUGGUCAUUUCGGCCAAAACGUUCCCCGUCAACUAUUGGGACAAGUUCGUCAAGAGGAAGGUCCGCGCAAAGUACAGUGAAACGUAUGACUUCGACUCGAUUUCGAACUUGCUCGGAAUGGAAAGAAACGCAUUUGCCACACAGGAAGGAACCGAGGGUGUUGGCUUCUGCCACUUUAUUGCAAACAUCGACUGGAGAUACCAGAUCUGGAAGGCCGGGUUGUGGUACUUUAUCUUCACGGUUAUGGGCAACUUUAACAACUUCUUCUUCGCCGCUCACUUGCUCUAUGUGGCCGUCGAUUUCAAGACGCUGCGUACGAUCUUGCAGUCCGUAACGCACAACGGCAAGCAGUUGGCCCGUAAACAGGAUUUGUUGGAAAAAAGGUCAUCGAGUUCAGGUGACCUGUUUCUGCUGGCCAGAGCAUCAUUCGAUUCUUCAAUCAGCUGGAAGGACGGAUAGCGGUCAACAAAAUUG